AUGCGAACGAUUGACAGCGUGAUAACGCACCACAUCUGCUAUGACAAGUCCAAGUUUGAAGUUCUGAACGAGCGCAACGAAUGCGAAGUGCUAGUUGCAGACGGAAAUAAGGCUGCGAUCGAUGGAGAUGGGACUAUCAUCGAAACGGUAGUCCUACCAAACGGUGAAGAGCGCGAAGUGGAAAUAAAGGACGCACUCUGUGUCCCGAGCAUGAACAAGAACGUGCUGUCGAUACCACAAAUCAACAAAAGCGGCAAGUUUCAAGUGGUGUUUGAUGGUGACGAGAUGAAGAUUUCGCACAAAGGCUCCAAGCAAGUAAUAGUGAUGGCCGAUCUUGUGGAUGGCCUCUACUGGCUUCGUAAAUCCCGAAGAUCGGUGAAUGCGGCUUCAGGACCAAGAGUCGAAAACCUCCAUGCGCGUAUGGGCCAUGCAUCGGUUGAUGUCUUGUGCAGAAUGGUCUCCAAGGGCAUGAUCAAGGAUGCCAAGAUGCCAACAAAAUUGAGCGAAUCAAGCGUGUGUCAAGGUCGUCUAGAAGGAACAAUGGUUCAAUGA